UUGGCACAUGUUCUUCCCCACUCUGAAACUCCCCUAGAUGAGUUUCCGUUUCCUGUUAAAUUAUUAUUAAAAAACUGUUUUAUCAUACUUGGCUGCUACCAUGCAUGAAUAAACAAUGCAUUCUUGUCUCUCUCCCCCACACCCUCCUGUCUUGGUUCAUCAACAUCUCCUAACUCCUAAGAUAGUCAAAGUUUCAGUCUUUCCAUUUUAUAUUCCCCCAUUUCUCUGGCAUUUUGCAAUGAAAUUAUAACAUCAUGCAAGAAGACAACCCUAAAUCCAGCACCCAAUUUGAAUCUCUCACAGAAGAGAUCAUCUUCUCAAUCCUAGACCGUUUAGACACCGACCCAGAAUCCAAAAAGUCGUUUUCUCAAGCCUGCAGAUCAUUCUUCGCCAUUGAAUCACGCCACAGGAGAGUACUCAGGCCAUUGGACACUAACCUCAUUGCCAAAUCUCUCCAAAGGUACCCUUUUGUCUCCCAUCUUGAUUUCACCCUCUGUCCCAGAGUGGACGAUGAAGUGCUCGUUUCGAUCUCCAACUCCUGCAAGGCCGCCAUUAUCCGGUCUGUUGACCUUUCGCGGUCGAGGUUUUUCAGCAAUGUGGGAUUGUCCAGCUUGGUUCUGCGGUGCCCCGGUUUGGUUGAGAUCAAUCUGUGUAAUGCCACGGAGUUAACGGACUCGGCGGCGGCCGCCAUAGCCGAGGCGAAGAACCUGGAGAAGCUGUGGUUGGGGAGGUGCAAGCUGAUAUCGGAUAUAGGGAUUGGGUGCAUAGCGGUGGGAUGCAAGAAGCUGAGAUUGCUGUCUCUGAAGUGGUGUGUGAGAGUUGGGGAUUUGGGUGUGGGGUUGAUUGCUAUCAAGUGCAAGGAAAUCCGCAGUUUGGAUCUCUCCUACUUGCCUAAAGCCAGAACUGAUGUUUCUCCUUUACCUGUCUGGUCAUCACAGAUUACAGAGAUGUGCCUUUUGCCUAUCCUGCAGUUACAACAUCUCAAAGAGUUGAUUCUUGUAGGAUGUCCUGGUCUUGAUGAUGAUGGCCUGGCAAGUUUAAAACAAGGCUCCAACUCUUUAGAGAUACUGAAUGUAUCGUGCUGCCAGAAUAUUAGCCAUGUCGGGUUAUCAGCUCUAUCUAGCAGCAUUUCAUCCCUACGCCAGCUGAAUUUAUCAUAUGGAUCAUAUGUUACAGCUGAUCUAGCAAAAUCUCUGCAGCAUUUUUCACAGUUACAGUCAAUUAGAUUGGAUGGUUGCACAGUAACAUGUUCCGGGAUGGAAUCCAUUGCAGAUUGGGUUCCAUCGUUGAAGGAUCUGAGCUUGUGUAAGUGCACAGGAGUUACAGAUAAGAACCUCUCCUGCAUCAUUCAGAAACAUGGCCAGUUGCAGAAGCUUGACAUUACCUGCUGCCGGAAGAUAACCUGUGCCUCUAUAGAAAGCAUUACUGAAUCAUGUACCUCCCUCGUUUCGCUAAGAAUGGAGUCUUGUAGCUUGGUUUCGAAAGAAGCUUUCGUGUUGAUUGGUCAGAGGUGUCGUUCCCUCGAGGAUUUGGACAUCACAGAUAAUGACAUCGGUGAUGAAGGUCUGAUUUCAGUUUCUGGAUGCUGCAAUCUGUCGAGUCUGAAGCUCGGUCUAUGCAUGAACAUCACAGAUUAUGGACUUUCCCAGAUUGGGAAAUGCUCAAAACUAAAGGAGCUUGAUCUGUACAGGUGCGUCGGGAUAACUGAUGAGGGCAUUGCAGCAAUUGCAGAAGGCUGCCAAGCUCUGGAGAUGAUUAACAUGGCAUACUGUGAAAAAGUCACAGAUAAUUCGCUGAUAUCACUGUCAAGAUGUACGAGGUUAAGAACACUAGAGAUUCGAGGUUGCCCUCGUGUCUCUUCUGUCGGGCUGUCAUCAGUUGCUGCUGGAUGCAAGAAACUGGAGAAGCUAGACAUAAAGAAGUGCCACAAUAUCGACAACACGGGAAUGGUUUCUCUGGUGCAAUGCUUACACAGCAUAAAACAGAUAAAUUUGUCGUACUGUUCAGUAACAGACGUUGGGCUUGUGGCGCUGGCCUCCAUGAAGCGUGUGCAGGAAAUCACGAUUUUGCACGUUAAUGGCAUAAGCCCUGAAGGGCUUGCAGCUUCCCUGAUGGCAUUUAGAGGUGUGACAAAGGUAAAACUCAACAGCUUCUUCAGGCCAUUGCUGCCUGAGGCAAUCAGUCAUGUGGAAGCACAAGGUUGCAUAUUUCAUUGGAGAAACAAGCCAUUUUAGGUACUUCUUCUGUUGACUCAUCUCCACUUGGAUUGUUAAGCAAAUUGCAACAAUUUCUUAGCUGAAUUCUAUUUAAUUUGGAGUUAAGAGUACUAUGAUCUUGCGUCUGCUUCUUCAGAAAUGGGAGAUCGAGUGUGUGGUGCUUGAGUUGGUAUUGAAUCUCUGCUCUUGAACUAACUUUGAUUUAGUAGAGUUAGGACUCGUCUUGAUUGGCUAUUUUUGUAGGGGAAGGGGUUUACUUUGAUUGUGUGAACUACAGACUGAUCCUAAGAAUAGUUUUGGUGUAUGUUCUUGGAAAAGACAAAGACAAAGCGAAGGAAAAAUGGUCAAAUCUUAGAAUUAGUGAUCAAAGUUCACGUGUUCUAUUCUUGUCAACACUUGACUCGUUGUAUAAGAUUUUUAUAAUGCGAUUUAUCUCUUC